AUGGUGGCCUCUUUGAUUGACGGCAAAUCCAUUGCCAAGAGCAUCCGGGAAGAGAUUUCGCAAGAAAUCUGUGCUUUGAACGCGAAAUCCGCAGGUUUCAAACCAACUUUGGCUAUCUUCCAGGUGGGCAAUCGCCCAGACUCUGCUACUUAUGUAAGAAUGAAGCGUAAAGCUGCGGAAGAAGCUGGCGUCGAGGUCCAGUUUGUGCAUCUCGACGAAUCCGUUCUGGAAAGUGAGCUCUUGGCGCAGAUUCAGCAAAAGAACCUGGACAACAAAGUUCACGGUAUCCUGGUUCAAUUGCCUUUGCCAUCCCACAUCGACGAAGACAAGAUCACCUCGGCUGUGGAGGCUCGCAAGGACGUUGACGGCUUCGGACCUCACAACAUUGGAGAAUUGAACAAGAAGAACGGGAAGCCAUACUUCCAUCCCUGCACUCCAGAGGGUAUCAUCGAGCUUCUUGAGAGAUCUGGUGUUACCAUUGCUGGGUCCAAAGCCGUAGUGAUUGGAAGAUCCGACAUCGUGGGUGCACCAGUUGCCGAGCUACUCAAGGCCAAAGACGCCACCGUUACCGUUGUGCACUCCAAGACUAAGGAUAUCUCCUCCUAUGUUGGCAACGCAGACAUCGUGGUAGUGGCUAUUGGUAGGCCAGAAUUUGUUUUAGGUGAGUGGUUCAAAGGAAAUAACAACUGUGUGGUUAUCGACGUUGGUACCAACUAUGUUGAUGACUCCACCAAGAAAAGCGGCUACAGAUGUGUUGGUGAUGUGGAAUUCGAGGCUGCUCGUCAAAACGUCAAGCUUAUUACUCCAGUUCCAGGCGGUGUUGGGCCCAUGACCGUGGCUAUGUUAAUGAGCAACGUUUUCACCGCCGCUAAGCGUUCUCUAAGCACUGAAGAUAAACCAGCUUUUACUCCACUACCAUUAAAUCUUCUAACACCAGUCCCAUCUGAUUUCGAAAUCUCAAGAAGCCAGAAGCCUAAAGAAAUUACACAGGUAGCUUCGGAGGCUGGUAUCUUGGCCACAGAACUAGAACCCUACGGAUCCACAAAAGCUAAAGUUAAAUUGGAGAUUUUGGACCGUCUGGCUUCCAGACAAAAUGGUAAGUACGUGUUAGUGGCCGGUAUUACUCCUACUCCACUAGGUGAAGGUAAGUCGACUACUACUGUCGGUUUGGCUCAAGCUCUGGGAGCACACUUGAACAAAACUGUCUUUGCUAAUGUUCGUCAACCUUCUAUGGGCCCAACUUUCGGUAUCAAAGGUGGUGCUGCUGGUGGUGGCUACUCUCAGGUUAUUCCAAUGGAUGAGUUCAACUUACAUGUCACCGGUGACAUUCAUGCUAUCUCGAUGGCUAACAAUUUAUUAGCAGCCGCUAUUGACACUCGUAUGUUUCACGAAGAUACACAAAAAGACGCGCCGCUAUACAAGAGAUUGGUUCCAGCUAAACGCGGUGUCAGAACUUUCUCCCCCACCAUGUUGAGAAGACUGAAAAAACUAGGAAUCGAUAAAAAAGAUCCAAACACUUUGACUCCAGAAGAAAUCACUCAAUUCGCUCGUUUGGAUAUCGACCCCGAGACUAUUACAUGGAGAAGGGUGGUUGACUGUAACGACAGAUUUUUGAGAGGUAUCACUAUUGGUGAAGCUCCAACUGAGCGUGGGUUUACGAGAAAGACAGGCUUUGACAUUUCAGUUGCUUCAGAGUGUAUGGCCGUUCUUGCCCUAGCAAACUCUUUAGGCGACAUGAGGGAGAGGCUGGGAAACAUCGUCAUUGGUGCUUCUAAAGCUGGGGUCCCCAUUACAUGCGAGGAUAUUGGAUGUGCAGGUGCCAUGACAGCUCUUCUUAAAGACGCUAUCAAACCCAACAUUAUGCAAACUUUGGAGGGUACUCCUGUGUUUGUGCAUGCUGGGCCAUUCGCUAACAUUUCUAUUGGUGCAAACUCGGCCAUCGCUGACAAGAUCGCCUUGAAACUCGCUGGCGUUGAGCCAGGUGUUUCGGAAGAGACCAAGAAGGAAAAACAAGGUUACGUUGUGACCGAAGCCGGUUUUGACUUUACAAUGGGUGGUGAACGUUUCUUGAACAUUAAGUGUCGUUCAUCAGGUCUAGUUCCUGAUGCUGUAGUCAUCGUCGCCACAAUUCGUGCUUUGAAAGUACACGGUGGUGGUCCUGAAGUAAAGGCAGGUGCUCCAUUGCCUACUGAAUAUUUGAAUGAAAAUGUUGACUUGCUGAGAAAGGGUUGUGCCAACUUGGCCAAGCAUAUUGCUAAUGUUAAGGCUUACAAUCUUCCUGUGGUUAUUGCAAUCAACAAGAUGUCCUCGGACACUGAUCGUGAACACGAAGUUGUGAAGGAGGAAUCCUUGAAAGCAGGUGCUUAUGAUGCAAUCGUCUCUAAUCACUGGGAAGAAGGUGGAAAGGGUGCAGUCAAUUUGGCAGAGGGAGUUGUCAAGGCGUGUGAACAACCAAAUGAUGAGUUCAAAUUUCUUUAUGAAACUGAAGGGAUAUCAGUGGAAGAUAAGAUCGGUGCAAUUGCCAAGAAAAUGUACGGUGCUGGCUCCGUUGAGUUCUCACCUGAAGCUCAGAAAAAAAUUGACCUGUACACAAAGCAAGGCUUCGGUAAUUUACCGAUCUGUAUUGCUAAGACCCAGUACUCGUUAUCCCACGAUGCCAAUUUGAAGGGUGUGCCAAGCGGGUUCACUUUCCCAAUUCGUGAUGUUCGUGCGUCUGUCGGUGCUGGUUACUUGUACGCAUUAGCAGCUGAGAUUCAAACAAUCCCAGGCCUGCCAACCCAUUGUGGAUUCAUGAAUGUGGAAGUAAAUGACGAUGGGGAAAUCGAAGGCAUGUUUUAA